CGUUUGAAGGCUUUCUCAUUAUUAGUGCUUUUCAUUGAGAUUUGCACUCAAUUUGGCAAAUGUUUGCUAUAAUUAGAGCGGUUCAUAAAUGGAGACAAUUGUCGCCAAAUGUGCACCACUUGAAGAAAUUGGUUGCUGAAGAAUCAAAUGUUUCCUACAAAUCGGAUAUCGAUUGGAAACAAUCGGAGGAAUACACCAAAGAUUUGCCGGACCUGAGUCUCGCCAAUCCUUACCGCAAAGCCAAACAAAUCUGUAUUUUAUGUAAAUAUGGUAUAGAAGUGGACUAUAAGAACGUGCAACUGUUGAGUCAAUUCGUGAGUCCAUAUACGGGACGACUGUAUGACAAACACAUCACC